AUGUCGAGUGCGUUUGCGAUCUACAUCGAGCCGUGGCACGCCGACAUAUUCCAGUUCUUGGAUCUGCGCAAGAAUCACGGCGCCGAAGAGCAACGCGCGCGCGACCUGUUUCUGGCCCUAUGGGUGCCCGACCUGUUCAUGAAACGGGUGGAGGCGGACGGCAUGUGGUCACUCAUGUGUCCGCACGAGUGUCCCGGACUGUUCGACUCGUGGGGCGAGAAGUUUGAACAGCUGUACGAGAAGUACGAGUCGGAGGGCCGAUACAAGCGUCAGGUGCGGGCGCAGCAGCUCUGGUUCGCUAUUGUCGAGGCGCAGAUUGAGACGGGAACACCAUAUAUGGUGUACAAAGAUGCCUGCAACCGUAAGUCAAACCAACAGAACUUGGGCACAAUCAAGUGCUCGAACCUGUGCACCGAGAUUGUCGAGUACUCGGCCCGCGACGAGAUAGCCGUCUGCAAUCUGGCGUCGAUCGCGUUGAACCGAUUCGUGGACAAAGCCAGCCGUACGUUCAACUUCGCCAAACUGCGCGAAGUGACCCGAAUUGUGACCAAAAAUCUGAAU